UUUAUCUGAAUAUUGUAAGUAAAAGUAGGUUUGUUUCUUGUUCGAUGAAGAUAAAUUAUUAUUGAAAGGCAUUUGUUGUGGGUGUAUACAAUUUUACUUCUUUUUUUACCUUUUUUAUACGACCCUUCUGCAUACAGUACUUAACCUGGACAUUAUAAUUUUUGCGUUUGCGCUUUGUUUGUGAUAUGUAAAUAAAAUCGGGACUAUGUCACAAAUCAGCGAUUUAUUAGGAGUAAUAAAGGGACUUCGGCAAGUAGUUGAAGCAGGUAUUAAAUUACAGCAAGAAAAUUCUAGAUUAUUAUGGAAUAAUUCUAGUAUUAGACCAUUUUUACAGAACUGCCCAACUAAUACAAUUAAAAAUUACAAGGCAAAUGAAGUGGCUCCAAAAGAUAUAAUUGAGCGAGUGUUUGUAGUGGCACAUGGUUUUAGAAAGUAUGCCACCAUGCAUGUUCCUCUUGUUAGUACUAGUGUAGAAAGUAAAGCUGCAUUGGAUGAAGAUUUGAAACAUGAGAUAGAGGAGUUGAAUAAAGAAUUUGAUAAGACAUUUGAAAUAUUGAAUAAGGCAAAAGAUAUGCAAGCAUCAUCUACUGAACGGAAAAAUUUAGAUGAAUUUGAAGCACCUUUAGAGAAAAUUCACAUGGAAGGUGUAGUCAAAACAUCAUUAGAAGGUAUAAAAACUGAGCUCAAACAACCAGAGCAACAAGUAAACCCUUCCUCUUAUGAGGAAUCUAUGAAUAGAAAUAUAAUCCCAAAGCCAGUUGCAAAAAAGAAGCCUAAAGUUAUGCUGAGUUCGAACUCCAAGGAACGUGUAGUACCAUCUUCACGAAUUGGAAGGAUGUUUUCAUUUGGCUCAUUGGCAGCUGGGUUGGGUGUUGGGACAGUGGCACAGUACGCCCGGAAUACAAUACAAUCUGUUACCGGAAAGGUUGAUGAAUCGAGUAAUGCUUUCUUGUCGCCAGCUAAUGCAGAGAGAAUUGUUGAUACAUUAUGUAAAGUUAGAGGUGCAGCCUUAAAGUUAGGACAAUUGUUAAGUAUUCAAGACGAAACGGUGAUAUCUCCUGAAUUCCAAAAAAUAUUUGAGCGAGUCCGGCAGAGUGCGGAUUUUAUGCCCAAUUGGCAAGUUGAGAAAGUAUUGAGUUCCCAAUUGGGUCCCGAUUGGCGUAAUCGUGUGCAACAGUUUGAAGACAAACCAUUUGCUGCUGCAUCUAUUGGGCAAGUACAUUUAGCUGUUCUUCACAGUGGUCAAGAAGUGGCAAUGAAAGUACAGUAUCCAGGUGUAGCUAAGGGCAUCAAUAGUGAUAUUGACAAUUUGGUUGGCGUCUUAAAGGUGUGGAAUGUCUUCCCGAAGGGAAUGUUCAUUGAUAAUAUAGUUGAAGUUGCUAAGAAGGAAUUGUCUUGGGAAGUAGAUUAUAUCCGGGAGGCAGAAUGUACAAAGAAGUUUAAACGACUCCUUGCACCGUACCCUGAAUAUUUCGUUCCAGAUGUUAUAGAUGAUCUUUGUACAGCGGAGGUGAUAACAACUGAACUUAUCGAUGGAACACCUUUAGAUAAAUUAUUUGACGCACCUUACGAGAUACGUUAUGAUAUAGCAAGGAAAAUAAUGCAGUUGUGCUUGCGUGAGAUGUUUGUGUUGCGUUGUAUGCAGACUGAUCCCAACUGGGCGAAUUUCUUUUACAACACAUCAACUAAACAGGUUGUUUUAUUGGAUUUUGGUGCGACUCGCGAGUAUCCUAAGGAGUUCAUGGAUCAGUACAUUGAAAUAAUCAAAGCGGCUUCAGAGGGUGAUCGCGCGGCCAUAUUGCGCAUGUCACGUGACAUGAAGUUUCUUACCGGUUAUGAAUCUAAAAUAAUGGAAGAAUCCCACGUCGACACGGUGAUGAUAAUGGGCGAAGUAUUCACAAGUGAAGGUAGCGGAGAAUUUGAUUUCGGUACACAGAAGACAACGAGACGUAUACAAGAUUUAGUACCGACUAUAUUAACUCACAGAUUGUGCCCACCUCCUGAAGAAAUAUAUUCACUCCAUAGAAAAUUAUCUGGUGUAUUUUUACUUUGUUCAAAACUUAAAAUAAAAAUGAACUGUCGUGAUAUGUUCCGUGAAAUUUACGAUCAAUACAAAAUGAAUGUUGUUUGAAAUUAUAAAUAUUAAAUGUACUCUAAAU